CAUAACUUACCUUAGGGUUUGGAAAUAAACUAAUAAAGUGUAUUUAAUAUGCAUGCUCACUAUCUUCACUGCUGAUAUAAUGACCUUGUAUCUGUUGCUCCAGUGAAAAUGAAUGGAUAAGGCUGUGUGAAUUAUCAAACAUUUCCCAAGUGUACACAUUAUUCUGUGAAUGUGUAAAAAUGCCAUUUAGACCAUGGCUAUGCCCUCACUCACUUUAACUAGCAGCAUUAGCGAGAUUUCAUUGUUGACUUGUGCUCUAGGAAGCCCUGUGAAUAUUUGCCUAAAAGUCUUUUAGCAGUUCAUAAAGACGGCCUGGUCCCCUUCCUGUUGGGACUCUAUCAAGGCUCUGCUAAGUCUCUUUGAUUUCACCCAUCCUCCAAUCACAUCAUGACAUUGACUCAUCCCUGGGCCACUUCAAAGGCUGAGAAUGGGGUCCCAGGCUCCGCCCACUAGCAAUGUCCCCUUAAAUCUGCCCGAUGUCCUCGGUGCUCCUCAGAAAGCUGUAUGCCCUCAUCCUCUCCAUAUCUCUGGACUUAACUUGAGUGAUUGCGGAUCUAACUGGAGCUUCGGGAAAUCAUAUGGAGAGCUUGGUGCUGUGAUUGAAAACAAAUCGAGAAAACACUGAUUAUCCUUCUUGGUUCAUCUUGAUUUUUGUUGCAGACGAAGAAUCUUGAGAAAUGCAAACUAUUCGAGACCUCAAACACAACUUCAGUAUUCCACCUCCGUCUGCAAUGGCUGGAGCAACAGACUCCUUUCACCAAGGGAACAUCAGGAUAACCCUGGAGGACCCUGAGCUCUGGAAGUCCUUCCAUGAGAUUGGUACUGAGAUGAUCAUCACUAAGCCUGGCAGGAGAAUGUUCCCUCAUUGUAAGAUAAAUAUUUCUGGACUUGUGCCCUAUGCAAAGUACAUCCUCCUGGUGGACAUUGUGCCUGAAGAUGGCUUCAGAUACAAGUGGAAUAAGGAUAAGUGGGAGGUGGCAGGUAAGGCUGAGCCACAGCCACCCUACAGGACCUACCUGCACCCAGACUCACCAGCUCCAGGAAGCCAUUGGAUGAAACAGUCUGUCUCCUUUCUCAAGCUCAAACUCACCAACAAUGCCCUCGACCAACAUGGACAUAUCAUCUUGCAUUCUAUGCAUCGCUACCAUCCCCGCUUCCACAUCGUGCAGGCUGAUGACCUCUACAGUGUACGCUGGAGUGUGUUCCAGACUUUCACCUUCCCAGAGACCUCCUUUACUGCUGUCACGGCAUACCAGAAUACCAAGAUUACCAAACUGAAAAUCGACAACAACCCCUUUGCCAAGGGAUUCAGAGAUGAAGGCAUGAACUCAAAAAGACGUGCAAACAGAGGCCCAGCUGAUACGGAGCAGCUGGCUAAGAGGCUGAACUCGUUGGUCAGGGACUCGGAUCAAGAUAGCUCACCAGAUUUGCGCCGCUCUUCCUACGAGGGACUGGCAGAGGCACAAGCUGGAUGCAAGGAGGGGGUUAAAGAGGAGCCGAAUUCUCCAUGGGGAGGGGCAUCUGAUAGGGAAAACAGCCACAGCCUGGGUAGAGACUCCCCACUGGGCUCUAAUACUCGAGACAUAUACAGCUCUGAACAGCUUGUGCCAGGCCACGGCACAUACCAACCUUACAGAUUUCCUGAUUACAACAAGUCCACAUCACCAACCUCCUCCAGCAUGAGCAGCAGUGCUGGGCGCUCCAGCUUUGAAUCACGAGUGCCUGACAUUGCCACCGUGCCUGAGCAGGACAGCAAAGUCACUGAUCUGGUUGUCCCACAGUGUCCUCCCCCUGCUACGGCUGGUGUGCAGGACUAUGCUGGGGUGCUGAAUGUAGCUGUGGCACAGGCUAAGCCAGGCAUGCUGGGACAUCAUGCACUCUAUGCACCCUACAGCACUGAUCAGACCCUAAGCCAGUGGAGCGGGACAAGCUCAGCCCAGUACCCAUCCCACCCGCACCAUCACCACCACUUAGCAGCAGACUACGGGACCCAAGCUGUCCAUCACGGCUACCAUCAUGCCAACAUGGCCGACUGGAGCCAGUACCCGCUCUUCUCAUACUCCUGUUGGUGA